GGACAAAGACAAGCUGACAAACACCUAUUCCGCCUCGAUCCUCGGACAAAUGUUCAGCACUGUUGUUUUGAAAUUGGCGGGUUCCUUGCUUGAAGCAAAACCUUCUUCCAAACAAACCCUAGGAAGCCACAAGCACACUCUAUCUCUCGCAUGCAAGGCUCGGAUAUGAGGGCUCUGAGAAUCUUCUACCCCUACAAGCACUUCCUCAAUCCCUCCCUCCCCAAAUCCCUCUCUAUUCCCCGCCAUGUCCACUCCGUUUUUCCUCUCGCCGCGGAACAAUCCAGUACCCUAUCCGAUCCCGAACCCGAACCCACCGGAACUGCCCCUCGCGUUUGGUCUACUUACAGUAACGACCGGAAUGGGGGUCAGAAGAAGCCUACUGGGGUGCUCGUGGACAUAGCUCGGAGUAAGAAAAAAGGGAAGGAAAAAGUUUCCUGGGUAUGCACCGAUUGCGGGCACUCCGAUGGGCAGUGGUGGGGCUCGUGCCGCCAGUGCAACACCGUCGGUACGCUUAAGCGGUUUUCUGAAGGGGAGUCUGAGGCUUCGGUUUCGGAGGCUGCAUCGCGGUUGUGGCUUCCACAGCAAACCGGAGACGUGCGGCCGUUGCGGUUGACGGAUGUGAACAGAGGGAUUAAUCAGCUGAAAUGGCGAAUUCCGCUGUAUGGACCUUUCGGAGAAGAAGUCUCUAGGGUGCUCGGUGGUGGUCUUGUACCCGGUUCUUUGGUUUUAGUUGGUGGUGAUCCUGGUGUUGGCAAGAGUACACUCUUGUUGCAGAUUGCUGCAUUAAUAGCUGAAGGGCAUGAUCUUGGUCGACCAGCACCAGUUGUGUACGUUUCUGGUGAAGAGAGUGUGGAGCAAAUUGGAAACAGAGCUGAUCGAAUGACGAUUGGAGGAGAUGAACUUUUCUUAUAUUCUGGUACCAAUGUUGAGGAUAUAUUGAACAAAAUUCAGCCUCUCUCCCCUCGGGUUCUUAUUGUUGAUUCAAUUCAAACAGUUUAUUUGAACGGAGUGGCUGGAAGCGCUGGAGGGUUCUCACAGGUGAAGGAAUGCACAUCAGCAUUGCUAUGUUUUGCUAAGAAGACUAAAAUCCCUGUUCUUUUGGUGAGGAUUGGACAUGUGACAAAAUCGGGAGAGAUAGCAGGGCCUCGUGUCUUGGAGCACAUUGUUGAUGUUGUUUUAUAUAUGGAAGGGGAGAGGUAUUCAUCACAUCGUUUGCUUCGGUCUGUGAAGAACCGUUUUGGAUCCACUGAUGAGCUUGGAGUACUUGAAAUGUCACAGUCAGGGUUGCAAGCCGUUUCGAACCCCAGUGAGAUGUUUUUAAGUGAGCAAUACUCAGAUUCAGACUUCUUAGCUGGACUAGCUGUUGCUGUAAUUAUGGAUGGAUCUCGAACUUUCCUUAUUGAAAUUCAGGCAUUAUGUGCAUCUGGGUCGAUUGAUUCAAGGCAAGUUAAUGGCAUUCAAGCAAGCAGAGCUGACAUGAUCAUUUCUGUUCUUAUGAAGCAAGCUGGUCUAAAGCUUCAAGAACAUGCAAUCUUCUUAAAUGUUGUGAGCGGGGUGAAACUGACUGAAACUGCUGGUGAUCUUGCAAUAGCGGCAGCAAUUUGCAGCAGUUUUUUGGAGUUUCCCAUUCCCAACAGUACUGCAUUCAUUGGUGAAGUUGGCCUUGGUGGUGAGCUUCGCACGGUAACUAGAAUGGAGAAAAGGGUAAACACAGUGGCAAAACUGGGGUAUAAAAUAUGUAUUGUUCCCCAGUCAGCUGUGGAAUCAUUAGGAUCUCAAGGUUUUGAGGGAAUGGAAGUCAUAGGCUGCAGGAAUCUGAAAGAGGUUAUCAACAGUGUGUUCAGGACGCACUGAAAUGAAGCUGUAGAUCAGUUUUAUUCCCUUUGUCGCAUUAAAUUUCGUAGAUAUAAAUACUACAGAAGCACCAAAAUGUACAUACAAAUCAGUUUGUUGCCCUUUUCUCAGCCCCAUUCUGUUUUUUGGGGUUUUCUUUCAUAUGAUUUGAUGUGCUCCAUCAGUGAUCGCCACCAGCCCAUAGGUUACGAUCAACAUAUUUUUAAAGAUAUAAUAUCUUUAUUAACA